UGCUGCCUCCUGUGGUCUGAAAUCUGAACAAACAAUUUCACGUUCACAGUCUUACAAUUUGGUUCGUGCCGUGUUGAUCCUCACUGAUUUAAAACCAUUGCUUCUUGUGUGUGUUGUAUGGAACAAUGUGUGCGUUUUACUGCCUGCUGGAAUUCGUGAUUUUUUUUAUAUUUUUUUCCCAAAUUGUUAACGUAAUUGUUAGAUCAGAACCUAAAUCAACGUUUUUCUUUACGGGGUUUGGGAUGGGAAAUUGGGACAGAGAGUGUUUACUCUGCUGCGUGCCCCUGUCCUCCCCCCUUCCCUUUCUCCCUCUCCCUCUCCCUCUCUCUUUCUCGCUCCCUUGCGCUUUCAACGCGUGCGCAGACCACCUCGGUUUCACCACAUUGAAAGUGUCGGAAGUUUAGCUUCGAUCAUUAGCCUCUCGGGCUAACAGAACAGCAGCGCUUCAAAGUUAUUUUUUCCCCACAAACAAACGCGAUUGGACGGAACCGAGAGUCCUACAGUGAAGGUCGGUGUAUGAGGACGGACAUGAUUCGCGGCCCGAGUUCCGAUCGCUUCUGUAAAGCCCGUUAAAGAGAUCCGUGAGAAGUUGUGAUUGUUUUUUUUGGCGGAAAGAUGGAGGAUCUGCGGGUGUAGCUGCUGACGGCGACCCGGACAAAGAACAGUUGCCGCAGAACCGAACCCGAGUUCAGGCGAGGUUGAACGCACAGGGCAGAACCGAACUAUACAGACCUGUUGACGUUGCUGUGAACAUUGACGUUGAUGUUGACGUUGAUGUUGACUGAGGAUUUGCAGCAUGAGCUUCUGUCCGGUUCUGAGGAUGGAACCAGAACCACUGAAGCUAGGAACUAGAUGUCAGGUGGUGCAGUGAGGAAUCAUGGGUAGCUGUUUAAGCUGUCCAGACAAAGAGUCCAUUCCAGAAAAUCAUCAGAGUAAAUUCAAGGUGGUUAAUGUCGACGAUGAUGGGAACGAGUUGGGCUCUGGUGUGAUGGAACUCACCGACUCUGAGCUGGUUCUUCACACUCAUCGCCGUGACGACGUCAGGUGGCCAUACCUGUGUCUGCGUCGCUAUGGUUAUGACUCAAACCUGUUUUCAUUUGAGAGUGGACGGCGGUGUCAGACUGGACAAGGGAUCUUUGCCUUCAAAUGCUCCCGUGCGGAGGAAAUCUUCAACAUGCUGCAGGAAGUGAUGCACAGUCACAGCAUCAGUGUGGUGGAGGAGGCAGUGAUGGAGCCCAGCCAGCAGGGGGCACAGACUUCUGCAGCUCAGGGUUACUCUGUUCCAACAGUUCCUAAUGGUGACACUCGGAUUCCGUCAGUGAGUGAACCCCCGUCUCAUCCAUCGACUCGUCACCCAUCGGUUGGCAGCACCCGUCUGCCGUCAAUGGGGGAGGAAUCGACGCACCCCUUGCUCGUUACUGAGGAAACGGUCCACACUUAUGUCAACACCACGGGUCUUCUCGAGGACCAGAGCAGUCCCCUGACUGUCACAACCCCUCUGGAAAGCCCCACCUCCGCACAGUCACUGGCUCCACCGACACCCUCUCCACCCCCCAGGCAUCGGGGUGAGCCGCCAGCCCCGCCGCCUCUGCCAGAGGCACAGGUCUUGAUGGAGCCUCAAGGUGUUCGUUUUGUGCUCGGACCCACCCCGGUCCAAAGGCAACUGAUGGAGAAACGCCAGCGAGAGCAGAAGGACACAGAGCCAGCAGAGACUAACGGCCAUGCCGAGGCCAAACCUGAAUCCGCUCCCCUGCACUCCAACAGCUCAGCUCCUCGUCGACAUCGUCCUCCCCCUCUCACACCCGACCUGCAGAAUGUUAACAACUCAGCUCAGCGGCGCACUGCCCUGCUGGACUAUGAAAACUUGCCAGCGUUGCCACCGGUGUGGGAGACCAGGAAGCCUAGCAGCGAAGAGGAAGAGCUAAAAACCUCGUCCCUCAACGGCUAAAACCACCACGGAACGCUCCAUCAGUACUGACACCAACAGUUGUGUACUGACCACACGCACNNGUUGUCUGCUGCCCUUGAACCAUCGCACAACUAUGUCAACACCGAGAACGUGACAGCACCUCUCAGUGCCCACCGGCCUGACACGGCUCGCCGUCGUACUGAUGCUCCCACAAUCUUCAACUUUGACUUCCGCCGGCCGCCACUGCUGGGACAACCUGAUGUGCCCAAAAUGCUUAACUACAUAGAGGUAGAGACAGAUGGCAGCACUGUGGCCGCAAAUAAAGGUACCUCAGACGGCAGCAACCCACACACACCCCGCACUCCCACCUCUCCAUUGCCCCCCACUACACCCACCCGCCGCACAGAGCAGUACGCCCUCAUUGACAUUGAGCGCACCGCUGCCAUGUCCAAUCUGCAGAGGGCACGGCCGCGGGAUGAUGGUACGUCACGAAAGACCCGACACAACAGCACCGAGUUGCCCAACAAGAGCGCAGCGUGACACUUCUUGUUCAGCUGUUAGAAAGCCACCGCCCCAACAGACCACAUGACUGUGAUCACAUGACCUUCUAUAGGGUCAGCUGACCUGUAGACAGCAGUGGUCAGAGCGCGGUGGCUGCGGCAGCCAUCUUUGUAGACGGUACAGAUCAGUAUUACUGAACAAAACAUUCCAGUUAGCUUCUCUAGCACAUGCUGCUGUCAGUCACAUGGUACACCAAUGUCAAGGUAAAUGUUUUUAUUUGUAUCUGCAGAGGACACGCCUCCUGCUCUGCCUCCUACACAAUGAUGUCACACUUUUAUAAACAAUCAAAACGACGCUUUUCAUAAUAAAUUUUCAUCCUUUGUAUUUUUUGCACAAAAACCGUUUGUUCCAACAUUUCUUUUUCUGGAACAUGAUCAAACGCAGUCAUCAAUCGGUUCACCUGUGAGUGUUGGCAUGUGUUGUGUUGUCACAGCUCAAAACAGAAAAUGUUAUUAUCUCCAUCGGUACCACAACUAAAUGGUUUGUUCUGGACACAGGCAGCUACUUUCUGUUUGCAGUUUUCAACCACACAUGCUCAGAACAAUAUGGGUUUUAGGUACUGAUCAGUCAGCUUGGAGUUAAGAGUGUGAUCCAGGUUUGAAGUUUAAUUUGUGGGAAUGUCCGAUAAUAUCGGCUGACUGAUAUUACUGGCCCGAUAUUAGCAUAGUUAUAUAAAUAUCUGUAAGAAUUGUCAUCGGUUUUACCUCCUAUUAUGAAAAGUGCCAAAGGAUGUGACCUAAAAAUAGUUUGGGUAAAAAACAGCUGUAUAUGAAAGUGUCACUAGAUGGCAGCAUUGCAGCUUUAUUAAUAAAAUAAAUAUUAGCAGGUCUAUAUUGGUAUCAGUUGAUAUUGGAAUUGUAAAUUAAAUGCUGGACAAUAUCAGCAUAUUGGGUAUUGGGAAAAAAGUUAAUAUUGGACAUCCCUACUGUUAAAUUUUCAUCGGGACCAGACGGUGUCUGCAGUGGUGAUUGGAACUGUACUAAUGCACCCGUACAUGCACUUUCCACUUUUUGGGCAACUAUUACCAUUUAAUUCAAACAUGACCUACUUCUAUUAAAUCUAUUGAUAUCGAAUUACAGACGUAAACAGAAUAAUGUGAACGUGAGAACAUAAUGCUGGUGUCACAGCCUCAGAUCUGACUGGUCAUGUCGUUGUUUCCAACUAUAACUGUUUGUGUAACACGGUAAAUCUCUGAUCAUAGAAACCACAUUGCGAGGUGUGACACACGAACGCUCAAUUUUCUGUCAAUACGAAUGUCCGUAUGAAUUUUAGACAGCCCCUUCCAAUCCUGCAUUGGCUAACAAAUAAAAAUAUAGUGAAAUGAA